GUUUUAAGCAUUAGAUGUGUUGUAAACACAGAGUCUAUGAGUCUAUAGACAUAACAACACGUAUUACUACAACAUUGAGACCAAAUUGUAAUGAGUUUUACAAUUAGUACUCAAAUUGAUUGUUAUUAACGCAAGUGUUUUGCAAACAAACCACUCAACCAACUCGUCAGCCAUCAAAACACAUCAAAAGACAAUUGAAUCUGUGCUCAGCUUUUUGACCACUUUUACCUCUGGUUGUGUCCGCUGUCAUCACCGCCGCCGCCGAAGAUGUGGUCCUUUUGGUCGAGAGAUCCGACCAAAGACUUCGGAUAUGAGAUGCAAGACAUUGUCUCAGGAGAUGACAAAUCCAUUUGGAUUUUACAAAACGCUAAGAAAAAAUCUUCGGGUGAAUUGGUGUCAAUAUUCCGGUACGAACUCAAACCCAGUGGUGAUAAUCAUAUCGAUCGGGCGAAGAAUGCCGUCAAACGGCUUAAGACGUUAAGGCAUCCAUCGAUUCUCACUUAUUCCGAUAAAUAUGUAUAUGUGGUCACUGAACACGUGGUACCGUUGGAACAGUACUUGCAGUCCAUUUCAGACUAUACGCAACAACAGAGACAACUGGCCAUCUCUUGGGGAUUACUUCAAGUGGCCAAAGGACUCGGUUUUCUCAUAAAUGAUUGCAAUUUAUCCCAUAAUAACAUAUCGAUGCCAUCAAUAUAUGUCAACUCCGGUGGCGUCUGGAGGAUAGCGGGUCUCGAAUACGUGUGCAGUAAUGCCGACGACUCCUAUCCCGUGUCAAAAGCGCUGUCUUUUCAGCACAAGUAUACACCGCCCGAAAGGGUAGACCAAACACGACGACAGAGUGGCGCCAAAUGGUCUACAGACAGUUGGGGUUUAGGGUGUCUUAUAUGGGAGGCGUUUAACGGAUUACUGCCUGAAACUAAUAAACUGAAAUCCAUGGGACGGAUCCCGAAGUCAUUGUCCACUCCAUACACAGAACUCAUAAGCAAUAACGCAAACUCUCGAUUAAGUCCCGCAGACUUUGUGACCAAAUGUCGGGCGCAGAACGGGUUCUUCAAAAAUAAUUUUAUCGAUUCGAUGCUAUUCUUAGAAGAGAUUCAGAUAAAAGACACGAUAGAGAAGAACCGGUUUUUCACAAAUUUAGACAAUCAUUUGGAUUCGUUUCCGAAAGAUAUUUGCAAGAAUAAGAUUUUACCGCAAUUGGUCACCGCCUUUGAGUUUAGUGCCGUCGGUUCUGCCAUUUUAGGGCCACUUUUUAAAAUUGGGAAAUCAUUAGAAGAAGAAGAAUACCAGAAGAAAAUAGUUCCGUGUGUUGUAAAACUGUUUGCCUGUAAAGAUAGGGCCACUCGCGCCAAACUAUUGCAACAGAUGGAAACAUUCAUUAAUUACAUUCAACCGAAUGUCGUGAACGACAGUGUCUUUCCGCACGUAUGUCAGGGAUUCCUCGACUCCAAUCCAGUCAUAAGGGAACAGACCGUUAAAUGUAUGUUACACAUGGCCUCUAAACUAAACUACCAUAACCUCAACGAAGAGAUUGUCAAAAACUUUUCGCGCCUUCAGGCCAGGGAUGAAGAGGGAGGCAUUCGGACCAAUACGACAGUGUGUUUGGGCAAAAUUGCCAGUCAUUUACACCCACAGACCCGACAGACUGUACUCAUACCGUCGUUCCUGCGCUCUAUGCGAGACCCGUUCCCUCCGGCGCGCAUCGCUGGCAUUCUGGCCCUAUCGGCCACUCAGAACUUUUAUUCCCUUCGCGAGUGUUCCACACGAGUGAUGCCCGCCUUAUGUCACUUAACAAUGGAUCCCGAAAAGCAAGUGCGCGAACAGGCCUUCAAAGCUCUUAAAGGGUUUGUCAGCAAAUUGGAGAAAGUGUCUGAAGACCCGUCACUCGCGGAGCAAAUGGAGGCCGAUUUGAACGCCGCGGGUAGUAAUGUGUCGUCAACGUUGGCGGCGAGUUGGGCGGGUUGGGCCGUCACAUCCCUGGCCUCUAAGUUCUAUCGCAGCAAACCCUCGACCACCGAUCAAAAAGCUAAUACCUCUCAGACCACAGCUAAUAGUACGGCGAAGAGUGACGAUAACAAGUCGGACGCCGAUCGGCCGCAGACUCCACACACGCCCGGCAUUCAGAAGUCAGAAUCGGGUGAUUCUCAGCAGGACUUCGAUGAGGAGGUGUGGGGUUCGAUAGACGCCGACAGCAGUCAACCGAACGCAACGACUCGUAAAUCACUGGACGGUUGGGAUGAGGAGGAGGUCUGGGAAGACGACCAGGAAUUCAAUGACGAGACGAAAGAGACCACAAAAGUGACGACCAAUUCGGCGAAAGUGAACUCCGGCGACGACUUCUUCGAUAAGUUUACGAACGAUUCCACCCCUAAAUCGGCGACCAAUUGGUCGAAAACCACUGCUAAACCUAAGGACGAAUUCGGCGAAACCAACGACAAGCCAGUGAUCAACACAACGGCCGCCACCGAAACGGAACAACAGACCCAACACAAGGCAACCGCCGAACAGAGGCGAAGGAAUCGCAAUCUAGCCGAACGGAAGGGCGCGGCUAAGAAGGGGCCCAUGAAGUUAGGCGCCCAACGCAUCACUUGACCAGUCAUUCAAUCGAUUAAUUUAUUAUUUUAAUUAUUGCCCAAAAAUUAUGUAUUUUCCAAUGAAAUGGAUUUGAGUUUCAAAGUUUUUCUUCCCUUUUUUCGUUUAUUUUAAACUCAAUUUACUUUAAAACUUGUUUUUAUUUUCAA